CGCUCCAACCGCUGAGCCAAACCGGCCGGGGCUCUGCUGCCUGCCUUUUCCUGCCACAGCCUUCCACAGGCCUUUUCCACCGAGGAAAAGGAAUCGUAUCGUAUGUCUACUAUCCAGAACCUCUACUCUGGACCCCUCUACUCUACCAGCAACCCCUUUGCUGAUGUAAGUAAGAGUGAUGAUCUGCUUCCUGCUGGGACUGAGGAUUAUAUCCAUAUAAGAAUUCAACAGAGAAACAGCAAGAAAACCCUUACUACUGUCCAAGGGAUCACUGAUGAUUAUGCUAAAAAGAAACUAGUGAAGGUAUUUAAAAAGAAAUUUGCCUGUAAUAGUACUGUAAUUGAGCUUUCAGAAUGUGGAGGAGUAAUUCAGCUACAGGGUGACCAAUAUAAGAACACAUGCCAGUUCCUUGUAGAGAUUAGACUGGCUAAGGACCACCAGCUGAAGGUUCAUGGGUUUUAA